AGGAGAAAGAACUGAAGUGAGGAAGAAAAUCGGUGAAGUGGGGAUUGCAAUGGAUGUGAUAAAGACUCAGCAAAUCUCAUCGCGACCAAUCGAGAAGGUGGUAGUUCACCCUCUUGUGUUGCUCAGCAUCGUCGACAACUACAACAGAGUUGCUAAGGACACUCGCAAGCGCGUCGUUGGCGUCUUGCUCGGUUCCUCUUUCAAAGGCACCGUCGACGUUACCAACAGCUACGCCGUGCCCUUUGAAGAAGAUGACAAGGAUCCUAGCAUCUGGUUUCUUGACCACAAUUACCAUGAAUCCAUGUUUUCCAUGUUUAAAAGAAUAAAUGCAAAGGAGCAUGUUGUGGGGUGGUAUAGCACUGGUCCAAAACUGCGUGAAAAUGAUCUUGACAUUCAUGGCCUAUUUAAUGACUAUGUUCCAAAUCCUGUUUUGGUUAUUAUAGAUGUUGAACCUAAGGAGUUGGGAAUCCCAACAAAAGCAUACUACGCUGUUGAAGAGGUUAAAGAGAAUGCCACUCAGAAAAGCCAAAAGGUCUUUGUACAUGUGCCAUCAGAGAUUGCUGCUCAUGAAGUUGAGGAAAUCGGAGUGGAACACUUGCUUAGAGAUGUGAAGGAUACUACCAUUAGCACCCUUGCAACAGAGGUGAGUGCAAAACUCACAGCCUUGAAGGGUUUAGAUGCAAGACUUAAAGAGAUAAGGAGUUACCUUGACCUUGUUAUUGAUGGAAAACUUCCAUUAAACCAUGAGAUCCUGUACCAUCUUCAGGAUGUGUUUAACCUGCUACCAAAUCUUAAUGUUGCCGAUCUCAUCAAAGCUUUCGCAGUGAAAACCAAUGAUAUGAUGUUGGUAAUAUACCUGUCGUCUCUCAUUAGAAGUGUAAUUGCACUCCACAAUUUGAUUAACAACAAGAUGCUCAACAAAGAACAUGAAAGGGCAGAAGAUUCAAAAUCAGUACCAGUGCCAAGUGCAGCUGCAUAAGGUUUGCGGGGUCGUGAUGUUUGGAGCUGUAAACGCGAUGUUAUUGAAUAUCUGGAUCGAGAUUCUUACACAUUUUUCAAUCAUUUUGAGCAUUUCUACUAGAGUUAGAGAACUACACGUAACAUGGCAUAAUGAUCCUUUUUCGCAUUUCCAAUGCUUUGUGUAUUUUACUCUUCAAUACUCUGCCCAUUUUCUUUGUUUGGUAGCUUUGUUAACAACCUUUAAAGAAUUUACUAUUAUAAACAAACUGAUCAGGUUAUCAGAAAUGAAUCUUUGCUCUGGUAACUAACUUUUG